AUGGACGCCAUCCGGAAGCAGCUCGACCAGCUCAUGGGCGCCAACCGCAAUGGCGACGUCCGGGAGGUCAGCCGCAAGUACUACGACCGCGACGUCUGCCGCCUCUUCCUCGCCGGCCUAUGCCCCCACGACCUCUUCCAGCUCACCAAGAUGGACAUGGGUCCGUGCCCUAAGCUGCAUUCCUUGCAGCUCCGCAAGGAAUACGAGGAGGCCAAAGCCAAAGGUAUGGACAACUAUGAUCGUGAAUUGGAAGAAACUAUAGAAAGACUGAUAGUUGAGUGCGAGAGAAAGAUUCAAAGAGCCCUUAAGCGUUUGGAGGAGGAAGACGCCAAGGCAGCUAUUGCAAUUUCUAUCACUGAGGUUACACAGAGUAAAGAGGUACUCGAGUUCUCCAAACAAAUUAAGGAGAAGAUGAAGGAGAUAGACACUUUUGACUUUGAUGGAAACACUGAGGGCAAAAUUCGGGCUACUGAAGAGGUUGAUAAACUCAAGGAACAGAGAGCUGAAGAGCAGGCAAAGCUGCUCCUUGAAGCCUUUAAUAAGGACCGUGUUUUGCUAGUGAAUUCUCUCCAAACUGCUACGCAAUCAACAGCACCUGCUGCUCCAGAUGCUCGUACACAAGAAAUGAUUAAUGAAAAGCUCAAAAAAGCAGAGGAACUAGGUGAGAGUGGGAUGAUUGAUGAAGCACAAAAACUGUUGGAUGAAGCAGAAGCUCUGAAGAAGCUGGGUGCGCGGCCACAGCCUGUUCCUGACUCUGCAAAAAUAUCCACUCACGUUCAAAUUACUGAUCAAAAGUUGCGCCUGUGUGACAUAUGUGGAGCAUUCUUGAGCGUGUAUGACAGUGACCGGCGUUUAGCAGAUCAUUUCGGAGGGAAACUCCAUAUGGGUUAUAUGCUAAUACGGGAGAAGUUGUCUGAACUGCAGAAGAGAAAAACAAAAGGCACAAGGUGGACCGAACUGAACAUGACAGAAGAUCCAAGGAAAGGAGCACAGAAUGUGAUAGAGCAUCAAGCAGGGACCGUCAUAGAGGAGAUCGAAGCAGCAGUCGUGACAGGCACAGGGAUUAUGACCGUAGAAGUAGCCAUGAUCGCUACCAUGACAGAGAAAGUAGAUAUGGCCAUGAUAAAGAAUCAGGGAGAUCUCGUAGCUAUGAUUCGAGGAGCCGCCGAAGGUCACGUUCCCCAAGGGAUAGUUCUAGGGACUAUGACCGACACGGGCGUCGUGACCGUUGAGAUGGGCACUAGAUGCAGGCAGGCUUACAUUAGAUUUUCUGAGGGUCCUGCCUAG